GGAAGAUGAAGGAAGAGAGGGAGACGGGAGGUUACUUGUGCAAUUCUAAAGUCAUAACGUGAGGUGAAGUGAUCUUGAAUGAACCGAACUGCAAAGGGCAGCCAAAGUAGCCUGCUGAACCAAUCCACCGCAGUGCCUGGGACACACCGAGGGAAGGAGAGAGGGAGCGAUUUGGAGGAUGGGUAACGGGGCUUAAACCCUAACCACACAGCAGAGAGGGGGAGAGAGGGAGAGAGAGAGAGAGCGAAGCCCACCAAGCCUCCCUGGCGUCAGGUUUCUUGGCUACUGACGUCUGCACGACUCUCGUGGCAUGAUGAGUUCGUGCAGCAGCCGUGCGCUGACCAUCCUGUCGACAGUGUUCGGAGCCUGCGGGCUGCUCCUGGUGGGGGUGGCCGUGUCCACGGACUACUGGCUGAUCAUGGUGGAGGGCAUCAUCCUGCAGCAGAACCAAAGCAUGGAGGUGAAGAUGGCGCUGCACUCGGGCCUCUGGAGAGUUUGCUUCGUGGCCGGAGCAGAAAACGGGAGAUGUGUUGCAUCGGAGUACUUCACUGAACCAGAUAUCGAGAUCACCACAGAAAACACUGCAAAUAUCCUCAAGAUGGUGCGGACAGCCACGCCCUUCCCGAUGGUGUCGCUGCUCUUCGUCUUCACAGCCUUCGUCAUCAGUAACAUCGGCCACAUCCGGCCUCAGCGCACCAUCCUGGCCUUCGUGUCCGGCAUCUUCUUCAUCCUCUCAGGCCUCAGUCUGGUGGUCGGCCUGGUGCUCUACAUCUCCAGCAUUAACGAUGAGGUGAUGAACCGGCCCAGGGAGCCCGAGCAGUUCUUCAACUACCACUAUGGCUGGUCCUUCGCAUUUGCUGCCUCCUCUUUCUUACUCAAAGAGGGGGCCGGCGUGAUGUCGGUCUAUCUCUUCAUGAAGCGCUACGCCGAGGAGGAGAUGUACCGCCCCCACCCUGCACUCUACCGCCCCCGCCUGUCCGAGAGUAGCGACUACAGCGGCCAGUUCCUCCACCCGGAAUCGUCCUGGCCUCCACCCAAGCGGGGCCGCAGCACCUCCGAAGCCUCCAGCGACAUCUCCAUCCAGCUCAACCAGGCUCCCCCGGUGCCCCCCAAGAGCAGCCUCCACGGGCAGGGCAGCCCGCCCUCUGGGUCUUCCUCCGCAGGAAGCUACCAAAUGCCCCCGCAGUCGGCUGGCUACCCCUCCACGCACACCCUGACCAGGUCGCACGCCUCACACCCCCAAGGCCAGGUCCUUCCCAUGGCCAUGCCUCCGUCGCCCGUGCCCCCUCCUCACUAUCACACUCACAUGCACAUGAGCGCCUCCCCCUGUUAGGAAGAGAGAGCACCAGGCAGGGAAGGAGAGACACUGACUCCUUAAGAAUCACGUAGGCCGUACAUUUAGAUGUGAAUGAGAGUCAAUUCUGAGUUUUAGGGCACAGAUCAUGUGAGGUUUGGCGAAAGGAGACGUGGUCACACUGAAUAAAAUGUAGCGUUGGGACAAUAAUGCACCGUGGACAAAGGGGGUGUUUUAACGGGAUUGUGGAGGUAUGCCAGAAAAGGCAAUGGACGGGAAAAAAAUCAAAUAAAGGGAAGAUUGGAAAAAAGUAAUUCAGUUUGGCAUGAUGGGAAGAGGUAAAAAAAAAAAAAGUGAUCGAGACUUUAGAGGUUAGGUUUAGUGACAGAGGAGAUAUAGGGGAGGGAGAGCGAGGGGCUGCGGCACAGCACGAAGAUGCUGCAGUGCUGCAGGAAAUUUGUAUGCAUUGGGAAAUGUACAAUGCAAAACCCUGAUCACAAAGACUGAGGAUGCACACUUUUAUACAUACAUCAUCCAUAGAAAUACACACGCUACAUACCUUUAUACCAAAAGGUUGCUUCUCUGAAUUUCUUACUUCAUCAAUGCAGUUUCAGAACUCACAAUUUCUCAAAGUAUUAUUGUUAUUAUUGUUAAUAUUAUUAAAAGUUAAAGAGUAUUAGGUAACAAUAGAGCAGUUCUGAAAUAAGAACGCUGUAUGUGAAUGCUGUUAAUAUUUGUAAAAAAAAAAACUGACAGAAGUGGACUGAAAUAUAAGGAGAAAAUCUAACAUUUGUUUUACAUGUUUGAUUAAGAUACAAAUUUCUAAAUGUAUUACGUGUACGUAAAACUGCACACAGGGACUUCCAUGUAGCUGUUGUAGGUUAUGAAUGAAGCUUUGGCACAAGUCACAUUUAGAAAAUGUCUGACUCAAUCUGCUUUGGAUGAAGACAGACUGCAAAAAGUGCACUACAACCACCGCUGCAGCGAUGGGGAGGAAGAGGAGGAGGGGAAAGAGGAAGAGGAGGACUCACCCGACACGGAUGUGGUGGUCUGAUGCCCCCUUCUGGCCACUGUUCAGCACUGACCCUGGAUCAGAUGGUGAUCACUACUUUUUCAUGCUCUCUUCCCUCGUCACUGACCCGCCCUGUUGUGUGUUUGCUGACGGUGCAGCACAGAUGAGCUGGACUGAAGCCGUCACGGUGCAACUCAACCGAACUUUGAACUGCACAUUGAACAAGACGGGUUAGAAGUAUUUUAUAAAAGCUUCAAUGCUGUUCACACAUCGGGAAAACUAACAGAUGAAAGCAUUAAUAACCAUUGCAAUCAAGGCUCCACGGACAAUAUCAAUGUUUAUGAAACGCAAGUCCUCGUGGACAGACUAAAGGCUGUUCUUUAUUUCCCAUACAUUUUGGUUCCCAUUUGUGAUGGUGCAUUGUACUAAAGGUUUCUCGAGUAUCUGAAGGUGUGUGUUUACAUGAAAACGUGACAUUGAGCUCUCUUGAUUGGAUCUAAUUAUUUUCAUCAUUGCCUUAUUAUUCUAUAUUCAUUAUUUUACCCGUGAAAAAUCUGAAAAAAGUAUAUAUAUAUAUAAAAUAGUGAAAAAGUGUAAUGUUCCAUGGCUCAACGCUAUUUAUUUAUAAAACCAAAUGUUUUUGACCAAAGAUGACAAAGAAAUGCAUAAUUUCAUAUUUUGCUUUGAAAAUGACAAAUUAUUAAUGCUGACUAAUGUUUUGAUGGGCUGAUUAAUUAAUGAAUCCGUAACAUCACAUUAUAGCAGUAUGACACAUUUUAGUCAUGCAUGUUGUGUUUUAUUUUGUAGUAAUAUAUUUUCAGAUGCUUUAGAACCUCAAUGUUCAGGACAAACACUGUACAGUAUCUUAAAAAGAAGAAGGACCUGCGUAUCAAAAGCAGAAGAUUAGUGGAUUUUGUUUGUUUGGCACCUCAUGCACAGGGGCACGUGGAUACGAUAUAUCUCUGUAAUCAGAAUUAAACCAUCGUGCCGUUGUGUGAUGGCUGGUUUUCACUAUCACUGUGACGCUGGAGAGAGGGAAACACACAGAGGAAUUGGGUGAUGAAAGUGUCGCACUCUUCCAGGGGAGAAUAUGAAGUGAGAUGGUGGAGAUAUCUCCGUGCUUCCAGCCUCUUGCAGGCUUUGGUUGCGCCUGCGUGGUUCUUUGCUCACGGCCCUGUUCGUUGUUCACACAUUGCCACAAAUCGGUACCUGUGUGAAGCCCAGUGUAACUGCAGACUUCUGUUGAUAGUUCCGCCUUUAAAGUCAGGGGGUUAAGUGCCUUGCUCAAGGGCACCUGAGCAGUAGCUGUUGAAGAAGAUCGAGAAACCUUCUGGUUUGAAUCCACUGUUGGAACCUUUUUGACUAUUGAAGACCCCAAUGAUUCACUUAUUUCCAUUGUUCAUAGAACCAUUUGAUAAUCCCUCCCUGUACCUCUUGGUUUUUCCCUCUCUACUACCCCAGCUCUUUUUCUUUGCCUCUACAUGACAUAACAUUACAUAAAAGGGUGUAGCUUGCUUGCCUCUGCAUAAAGUGUGGACUUAUUGCACAUGACCAUCUUUGUGAAAAAGAAAGAAAAAAAAGCAGUAAAACAAAUGCUGUUUGCCGAUGCUUCAGUGGAACUGUUGCUUUAUAAUCUUGAGUUACAUAAUUCGAUAGCGGUUGUGAUUAAGAUCCCUUUUGGAAGUGUUGACAUCUGCCCCUGAACAUGAAUAAAACUUCAAACUUGGGUUCAUUUCAACGUG